AAAAUCGAUGUUCAGUACAAGAUGAUGCAAUUAUGUCUGGCUGACUCAAGGUUAAGUAUUAUUGUGCUAAUUUAUAUUCAGAGAUAAUGCACUUCUUUUGAUCUUGAACUUCUUUUAUGAUAUAGGUCAGGAACGUUAAUAAUAAAGCAACAGUCUGUACUGGAUUCAUAUCUUCAAUUAACCUUGAAUCGAACACUUCGAACUAUGGUUGUAGUUAUCUAUGAUUCUCGUAUUCAUAUCAGCUAUACACAUGUAGUAACGUAAUUAUAUUGCUUUUCUUAGAAGGAUGAUGACACCCACAGUCACUGUCUACCCAUAAUCUCAUGUUGUGUAAAUAAUAAAGGUGUUGAUGGCUGAUUAUAGAGUUAGGAAUCUACAAUGAUUGACAUGAGCUUUUAUACCAGGGUUCAUGAACAUCUUUAAAGAAAGAAUGGUGAGAAACAGUUGGGCAAGGAUUUAUGAACUAAAUAGCAAAAGUAUAAGUGAAAAAGAAAUGGACUACUGAAGGUCAAGAAACAUCUUAGAUAUACCAAAACAAUUACAGCUAGUCAAGUUCAUAGAAGUAUCUUAUGGCUUAUCUAAACUUUAUGUGAUCUUGACGCAAUGAAAGCUGAUCUAAAUAAUAGUAUUAUAAACAUCCGGCUCUAAUUUGCUUCUUAGCAAUUUGCAUGUCCCUCUUAGUUAGUUUAGAGUCCAGCUUUGUUCACAAUGGACUUCCUAACAAAGGUCGUGAAAGUUGCUCAUGAUAUUUUUGACUACUAUGGAAAGUGGUACAGAUUGAUAGACAUUUAUAAAAUCCUUGCAUCCUCGGGACAAAAUGAAAAAAUAGUCGUGUCCAUACUGGUCUGUGUAAUUUCUUUGCUAGUCCUGUACAACACAAUUACAGAUUGGCGGAGGUUCAAUCUAAAGAAAGUCUAACAUCACAAAAAUAAAUAUCUGAGUUUCAUGACAGACUGUGAAAGGAAUGUAGCCUAUUCAUGAUACUUUGUACUUUAGUAGCCAAUAACUAUCUAACAAGUGUUGUGUAUUUUCCCAAGGCAAAGAAAUGGAGGGAGCUUAGAACAAACUGUUGUUAUAAAAGAAGAUGAAAGGGAAGACGGUUCAAUAGAAUUGAUAGAAGUUUGUGGUGAGCAAGAUGACUCAUGUAUACCUAGUGAAAAUAGAACGGUUAAGCUCCUCUGACGUGGGAUUCAUCACUGAAGUAGUUGCAGUAAAUGGGAGGCUACUCUUUUUUAACUUUUAAAAACUUAAACCAGUAUUCUUAGUAGAUUUAGUCAACUUGACAAAUACUUAAAAGAUGUAAUUUGUAUUUGGUAAUUAAAUUUUAAACAUAUUAUCAGUGUGUUAUUUUAACAUAUUUCGAAUAUCUAAUUAGGACCUGGAAAGUAAUGUUUUUUACACAUUUAGAACCUAUAUUAUAGCGAAACCAGGCAAACUUUUUUAUUUGAAGGAUCUUUAAAGUCCAACUUUCUUGGGCUUCAUUCCUUACGAUAAUCUCUAAAUACAGCAACUAUAUAUUAUUAAUUGAGCCAUACGAUAAAAAUGUAAUACUUGUAGCCUAUUGUAGUACAAACAGGAAAACAUUCAAGAUACUUAUAAUUGUGAGCAACCGUCGACAUAGUUAGUCAGAAGUAGCCCUUCAGUACAAUCGCAUCCUGAAUAAUAAAAGUUAUUCUUGUUCUUUAUUAUUUAAAAAAAAGUGUAAAAUGAAUUCAAGAAUAAAAAAAUUGAAACAUUGUACCACUGCUGAAACAUUGAGAAAUUCUUUUUGGUAUUUAAAGUACUAUGUCCAGGACUAUGACGGAAAUACGUGAGUAAACAUUAUUUGUAAAUAACCAUUACUUAAUUACUACAAAAAAAAUCUACAUUGAAACAUUGAUGGGAAAGAAAGAUUAUUGUUUAACUGUUGUAUGAGUAAUUUCGUUGGCCAUAAAUAUUUUAACAUUAGUAGCUAAUAUUUAACUAUUUAUUUCAGGCAACUACAUGAUUUCAUUAUAUGCUCACCUACAUAUGACAAUGAUAUUAAGAAAUUGAUAGAUUCAACCUGGCCAGCAUCUCUGCUAAACACACAAAAUAAUUAUGGGAUGUCAGCAUUGCAUUUGGCUGCAAUAGGAAACCAAUCAGACAUUAUUAGAAAGCUUAUCGUCGCUGGUGCAAAUCCAUACGCAAGAGAUAGUCAAGGUUGUAUUCCACUACAUUAUGCAUGUGGAUUUGGCAACGAUGAUGCGAUUAUUCCACUUACAAGAGCGAUCAGCGAUGAAGAGAAGACAAAAAUGCAGUCGAAACAACUAACUAUACCUAAUUUGAAGAAAAGUCUUUAUACCCGAAAUUUUAAAGGUGAAACACCAUUUCAUUUUGUAGCACGGUUCGGAUAUGCGAACAUUGUGAAGAUAUUUAUAGAAAAUAAAUUAGUUUGAUAAAGCUUGAUAGGGAGUGAGUAGUAUUGUAUAAAUAAUUAUACUUUUAGUUAUGUUUAUAAGGAUGCAUUCUUGUUUUGUUAGGUUUAGGGAGAAAGCAUGAAAGUUAAAUUUAUAGGUAAUUAAAAUGUAACGACAUGGAUGAAUUAAUUUGAUUAAGUUUGUGUUAAAAAAUGUUUUAGGUAAUAUAUUGUUUUACGCUUUAAUUAAGUUAUCCUUUAUAAAAAGGAAAAUUAUGAAGCGGUAUAUUCAACGUUCCGGAUAAGGAAACUAGUAAAUACCAUAGUAUUAUUUUCCUUACAGGUCAGUGAAAAAUAAUCUAAAAUUAACAUAUUAGAAACCGAAUUACGUCAUAUUUUUUGUUUAUAGUAAAUCUAAAGUGACGUGUUUGUUUUUCGUCUCUUUGAAUAUGGCUUCGAUGAAAAAAGAUAUAAGAAGCUGCAUAGUUGUCUUUAAGCUCAGAAAAUUUCAAUAUGAUUAUUUAUCUCUAGGGAUCCUUAAAAUCCAAUUUUCUCUAGCUUUUUUCUAUAAGGUAAUUGCCAAAGUAAUUAAAAUUCAAAUUCUUUAACAGUCAUCAUCGUGUACAUUAGAAUUUAAUAGUCGAUACACAUUGAAAAAUAUUAAUUUCAUUAUACGUUGCAUAUAUGAAAUUUGUAGUUUGUUACAGUCGAAACAGGAAAACAUUCACGAAAUCGUUGCAUUUAUAAUUACAAGUAAUGUACGAAAUGUCCAGUCUAGAAUCAUCCUUUAGUGAAAUCACACCCUGACAAAAAAGUUAUACUAGUUCUUUUUCAUUUAAAUUCAAACUGUAACAUGGAUCAAAAAGUAAAAGAAUCUGAAUAUGAUGUCAAAGAUCAAUCACCUGUGAAUUGUUGGUUUUCAUCAUACUACGUUCAGGACUAUGACGGAAAUACGCAACUACAUAAAUUCAUGCUUCAUACACCUAUAUAUGAUAAAUUGGUUGAGGCAUUAGUUGAUGCAACCUGGCCAGCAUCUCUGCUAAACACACAAAAUAAUUAUGGGGUGACAGUAUUACAUUUGGCUGCAAAAAAAGGCCAAUCUGACAUUGUCAGACAGCUUAUCGUCGCUGGUGCAAAUCCAUACGCUAGAGAUAGUCAAGGUUGUAUUCCACUACAUUAUGCAUGUGGAUUUAACAAUGAUAAAGCGAUUGUUCCACUUACAAAAGCGAUCAGCGAUGAAGAGAAGACAAAAAUGCAGUCGAAACAACUAACUAUACCUAAUUUGCCUGAAAGUCUUUAUGCCCGAAAUUUUAAAGAUGAAUCACCGUUUCAUUUUGUAGCACGGUUCGGAUAUGCGAACAUUGUGAAGAUAUUUAUAGAAAAUAAAUUAGUUUAAUAAGGCUUGAUGGAGAGUGAAUAAUAUUGUGAAAAUAAACUUUGUGGUUUGAUUGCUUUAAA